UAUCUAUCCCUACCAUGUGUCACCGGGCACCAUGCAGUUUACAGUUUUAUGAUACAAGCCUACCGUUAUCUGUCUGAAGAAUAGCCAGGGCAUACAUUUUGCGCGAAGAAUUUCAGAAAGGCUGUGUGACAGCUUUUCCCAAAAACUGCCGCGUGAAAUCGGAAUAUCCCCCAGGACGUGUGGGCUGGGCUGGGCUGGAGUUUGUUUGAGACCACAACAGGAAGGAAGAAGCGGUUUGGUGUGUUACCCACCACGAAAGCUACUUCAACUACUAGGCACAUCCAAGACUAAAACAUCUUUUGUGGAAAGCCGAGAGCGUCGAUACGAAGAUCUGUAAGUUGCUUGUUAAUGUCUCACCAAUAGCCUACAGUCAGUGUGGAGAUGGAGCAGAUAGCAGUCCACAAAGCUCACCUGCAAAGGAGGUUUGGGAGUCUGGUGAAGGGAAUCAGCCCACUCAGUCCGAUGUGCAGAGACCUGUUCAUCAUUCCAAACCAGGGCUCAGGAUACAUGAACACCCAUAGGGGGGAGCUCAGGCACAUGGAGAAGAUGGCAUGGGACGAGGCAAAUUGGGAUAGACCAGUCCAAUGCAGUGAAAUGUUCCAACAGACUCCAUUGCACCGUGAGAGACAAACGAAUAGAGUUGCAAUGACCAUGGGAGUGGCUGGCAUUGGGAAAACGGUCUCCGUGCAGAAUUUCAUUCUGGACUGGGCUGAAGGAAGAUCUAGUCAGGAGGUGGACUUCAUACUGCCUCUUCCUUUCCGAGAGCUGAACCUCAUGAAGGAGAAAACCAUCAGUCUGAUGGAUCUUAUUACACACUUUUUCUCCAGCAUAAAAGAUCCCAGAGUACUCACCAAGUCCAAGCAUAAAGUCAUGUUCAUCUUUGAUGGUUUGGAUGAGUGUCGACUUCCUCUUGAUUUCCGCUCCAACCCAAAGUGCUAUGAUGCAUCCCAAGCAGUCCCAGUGGACGUGCUGUUGACUAACCUCAUUAAGGGGCAUCUGCUUCCUUCUUCUCUUGUCUGGAUCACCACCCGGCCAGCGGCUGCCGAUCAGAUCCCUUAUGAUUGUCUCGACCAGUUGACAGAAAAAAGGGGGUACAGUGAGCAUAUGACAGAAGAGUACUUCAAGAAGAGAAUGGCAGAUGAUAACCUGGCUAGCAGAACCAUCUCAUAUAUGAAGACAUUUAGGGACAUCGGUACCAUGAGCCACAUUCCAGCAUUCUGUUCGAUUGCAGCAACUGUAAUAGAGAGAAUGUCAGGCGGAUCUGAAGGUGUAGCGAUGCCGAGAACCCUCACUCAGAUGUACACCCACUAUCUGAACAUUCAGACCAGUGCAAGGGAAGAUGAGGAUGUUGGAAUGAUUGUCAAAUUAGGGAAACUGGCUUUCCAACAGAUGGAACAGAGGCAGGGUAAUCAUAUUUUCUAUGAUGAUGACCUGAGAAAGUGUGGCAUUGAUGUCACAGCAGCUACAGAGUAUGCAGGAGUGUUUAGUCAGAUCUUCAGAGAGGAGGCUGUUAUGCACGAUGACAAGGUUUUCAGCUUUGUGCAUCUGAGCAUUCAGGAGUUCCUUGCAGCUUUACACGUGUUCCUCUGCUUCAACAGAGAGCGAGACAUGCCAGGCCAACCGGGAACCUCUCAACUCUCUUCUCUUUUGAGAGCUGCAACACAGGAAGAUUUAUACCAUGGAGCAAUUGAUCUAAACUUACAAAAUGAACACCUACACCUUUUCGUACGUUUCCUGGUGGGGUUUUCACUGGAGUCCAAUCAGAGUCUCCUAAGAUACUUACUGCCACAGGCAAGCAACCAAUCACUGAGCUCAGAGUGCACAGCCCAGAUAGUCUUGCAAAAGAUUGGCAGUGAGAGUAUGUCAGACAGAGUCGACUCUUUCUACCUCCUGAAUGAAGUCAAUCAUCAUGCUGUGGUGGAGCACAUAGAUCGAGACUCUGGAACUCUGUCUGUAGAGAUGCCCUUACCCAAAUCGAGACUAACCAAACAAUUCAGAUUGAACAUGUUAGAAAACCAGAUGGAUGGGUUUGACCUGCAGAAGUACAUAAAGACACCAGAGAUGGAUCAAACAGACUUACUCAAUCCCAAUGACGUCCUUGAGAGGCUGAUGCCAGUAGUCUCAACAUCGGUAUCUGCUCGGAUGGAGACGGGUAUUCUGACAGAGAAUAGCUGUUCCUAUCUGGCGUCUGCCCUGAUGUCACACUUCUCCAAUCUGCGACAGCUCAAGUUGAGUUACAACAGAGUACGGGACUCAGGAGUGGAGCUUUUAUGUUCGGCUCUUUCGCAUAUAAACUGCAGACUGGAGGAACUACAGAUAGUUUUCUGUCAGCUGACAGAGAAGAGCUGUUCCUAUUUGGCCUCUGCCCUGACUUCACCCGCCUCACAACUCAAACAGCUGAACCUGAGCGAUAACAACCUGCAGGACUCAGGAGUGAAACUCUUAUGCUCUGCUCUUCGACAUCCAAACUGCAAACUUGAAGAACUACAGUUAUGGAGCUGCAAUUUGACAGAGGAGAGCUGUUCCUAUCUGGCCUCUGUCCUGACCUCCCAUUCAUCUCGCCUCAAACAGCUGGACCUGAGUAAUAAUGGCAUCCUGCAGUCCGGGGUGGAGCUGUUAAUAUCUGCCCUCACUCAUUACAACUGUGCACUGGAGACUCUAGAGCUAAAAUACUGUCAGCUGACGGAGAGCGUCUGCAUCUGUCUGCUGUCUGCAUUGAAUUCUGGCAUCUGCAGCCUGCGACACCUCGUGCUGCGGGAGGACGGCCUGCAGGAUCAUCAGGAGAAGCUAUCUGCCCUGCUGCAGCACCCGCACUGCACACUGGAGACACUGCAACUCAAUGAUAAAACCUACAAGAAGGAGCCCUCAGCCUCCGCUAGGAGCUUCCACCCUUCAGACACUCCAGAGGCCCUCUGUGUCGACACUCCCAGGGGCUGUGCAUCAUGUGAUGCUGUUCCGGACACCAGCUAUUGGGCCCUGGUGAAGCCUGAGGUCUCCACAGACCAGGGCGUCUCCUCCUACAUCUUGAGCUCUGCUGCAGGGAGCUACGAGUGCUUGGUGUCCCGUCUGCGCUGGUUUUGUGCUGGUCCAGUCACCCUCCGGUACAACUUCCUGGACUGGUACGCCUCUGCUGAAGAGCUGGCCCGCUUGCAGUGCAGUCCAGCCGGUCCUCUGAUGGACAUCAAGCUCACCUCAGGCGAGCUGGAGGAGAUCCACCUGCCCCAUUUCCUGUGUCUGGGCGGAAGCGAGUCACCUGUGCGCGAUGCUGUGAGGGUCCUGCAUCGCCGUGACGACGGAGUGUGUGUGGAGACGUGUGAGCUGACCCGACACCAUGCCAGACUGGUACAGCCCUCCUUCUCUCCUCUCGGCGUCAUCUACUACAUCGCCUCUCUGGUCCUUCCUGUGAAGGUGCACUCCAAGGUGCUGGUGUACCAGUGCAGCGCCUCUCGCCGGGUCUUCCGCUCGUACCUGCUGCCCGAGGACGCUCGUCUGAAGCAGGAGGUGCAGAAAGACGAGGAGAGGCUGGGAGGCGUGUGGAGGGACAGCCCGCACCCGCCUAACCCUCUUCAGAUGAACGACUGCUAUCGCCUGGACACGGACUGUCCCUCCGACAUCUAUCCAGAUCAGCUGGUGCUGAGGUACAGCAGUGACACCCCCAACUUCUUCAAGGUGAAGCUUCCCGAUCCAGCCCUCACCUCCUUCCACAUGCAGCUGUUCAGCUCCGCGCCCAGCAGGGGGCAGCCUGUGUGGAGAGCAGAGUUCGAGUCCUCUCAUCAUCAUGUGGCAACCACACAGGACGGGCAGACCAGGACACGGGACCAAGCAGAAGACCCUGUUCGUUUAAUUGGAAACAACACACAGACUUCAGUGGCUCCGUCAUUGUCUGAAAACACAGUCCAGAGAGAUGUGAACAUCAACUCUCACUUCCACGAGGAGCGCUGGUGUCGUCUACUGUGAAGUGCACCGGUAGUCAGCACAGGUGGGAUCACCUACAUCGUAGGACCUGAGAGGAUGGAGGGAGUUCCAUCUGCAGCAGUCAAAAGUCAAAAGACUAACCCGCCCCCUCCGCCCCCCCGCCCCCCAUGUAUACAUAUAGCCUGUCCACACUGGUUUACUGUAAAUAUGUGUAUAUAAAGUUGUAUAUUGCGAUAGCCGUGAUGUUUGUAACUCAUGGCUGAACUGAACAAAAGGUCACAUAACUGGCAAGGUAUAUGUUAUCCACUGGGUGGCGAUCUAUCACUAAAUAACGUCAGGCCCAUACAGAACAUACUCUGUGCUGUAUGUAUGUGUGAACUCUGUAUAUUUGCCCAUAUUACCCAAGAGGGCCUACGAGGAUGGAUGUAGUGCAGCCUGCAGCAGUCAACUCUGUAUAUAUUCCAUUUACUGUAUAUUAUUGUAUAUAUAUGUAUGUGUAAAAGGUGCAUACUGGUAUACUCUAUGUGCUGUAGUUAUGUGUGUCUUACUCUGGAUAUUUGGUUUGUGUAAUAUCAUGUGCGUUCUGUGAAAUGCUAUAAAUUGCCAUUUGAAAGAUACACAAUUAUUUUCUAUUCAAUAAAUGAUUUAGAAAUCAAACAAAGUUUCUCUUAACGCCAACCUUCAAAUAUGUUUAUGGUCUCUAGACUGUGUGUGUGUUGUGAAGGUUCUCGGGAACGUCCUCAGAUUAGACGAAUAGCUUUGAAAAUCCCUAAACCCACACUGCAUUUACUGUAAAGGGGAAUAUACAGUACGGACCAUGGAAAAUGCAAAAGCAGAUUGUUGUUGUUGUUGUUGUUGUUGUUAUAGAAUAGAAUUGCUGAUGCCAUUGUUAAAAUCCAUAUUUAUAAUUGUACCUUUUAUAUACUGUGCUCAGAUGAGUCUGUUUGUGUCUGUUUGAAAAGAAAGAUCACGGUCACAGAUAAUGAAACAAAACCCCUCAUAUCAUCAUGCGUUUUAUUUGUAAAAUAACAAAUUGAAUUUCCAAAUAACAAAUACAGCCUGCUGUUUUAAAAGUACAUGCUGGACAUGAGGCGAUGUGCAUGCAUAUCUGCACAAAUGAAUAAAUAUCAUAAAUAGAAGUAGAAAUGCACUCAGAGAGAGCAGACCUCCGCCAAGGAAGCUGUUUGAUGGAACAUUUGACUGUUACACCCCAUUUUUUUUCAAGUCUUUCUGUCUUGUUUUUGUGGAAUUUUGACAUUCCAUUUUCUAUCCCGCAACGGUGCAGAAUCUUGACAAAAUUCCUGGAUCUGGAUCAUGAUCUGGAUCACCACCAAUUAAAAAAAAAACAAAAAAAAACAAAACUUUUUUUUUGUCCCUUUCGUCAUUUCUAACAACUCCACAAAGUUUCAUCAAAAUCCAUUCAUAACUGUUCGAGUUAUCCUGCUGACAGACAGACAGGCAGGCAAACAGACAAACCAACGCGACUGAAAACAGCUUCCUUGGCGGAGGUAAAAAUUUUAUGUUUAAUAUUAUUCUACACCAGUAGAGGGCGAUGUUGCCCCCAUGACGACUCGCGGGACACCAAAAUAAAUGCAGACAAGCCUGUUGCUGUGUCUCAUGGCGCACAAUGUUUCAGUGUGUGAUUAAUACGCCAUAUACACUGAAACAUGAACACUGAAGUGCACAAGUGCUCCAUUUGAGAUGCAGCAUGUGUGUAGCCUUGGUGCUCUGCUGGUGCAGACAUGUGUGUGUGUGUGUGUGUGUGUGUGUGUGUGUGUGUGUGUGUGUGUGUGUGUGUGUGUGUGUGUGUGUGUGUGUGUGUGUGUGAGAGAGAGAGAGAGACAGAGACAGAGACAGAGAGAAUGUGUGUGUCUGUCGUUUUGUACAUGCACAAGUGAAAAGUCAAAACACAUUUCUGUCUACCUAAAAAGUUCCAGAAAAAAGACAUUAAAUAAAGAAAUGAUAAUGACUUAAAUUUCUGUAAAGUGUAUACGGUACAUAGUCUACUAUACUUGACAACAUUAUCAAUUCUGCUACCCCAUCUCAGACAAAUUACACAACAUACUCUUUGGUAAGAAAGAUCAUAAAAUCAGAACAUGUUUUUAAAAAACCCUGACGGAACAGAAAUAAUGAAAAUAGGCAUUUUGGAGGCAAGGUCUUGCCAAACAUGAUAUACUCAGACACAUUACAAAAAUAUAACAUUAUUUUUCUCUCGACAAAAAUAAUAAAUGUAUAACAUUUUAUAGUGCUGCCAGAUAUGAGUGCAAAAUCCGAAGCAGAAAGCUGUCACAUACUAUAAUGUGCAUAUCUCUGUAGAGGGACAAUGUACAGGAAAUGGUCAAAAAAGGUACUGCAACUAUGCUGCUCAUUGAAACUGGGCUGCCUAUUGCCAAAUUUGAUCUUUGCAUGAAAGUUUACUAAGUAAUAAACAAAUAUUUUCUAGUAUGGUCCAAGUACAGUCAUUUUUGCAGCUAAAAAUGGCUAUUUUUGGAAAUUCAAAAUGGCGGACCAUGGAGAAGAUCCCCCUUUUCAUGUAUGAAAAGUGAAAUUUUUCCAGUCAUAAUGAAUACUUAGAAUUUGAUGGUGGUGGUAAGUAUUCAUGAAAAAGGUAACAUUAGUGAAUGGGCAGCAUGAAUUCUGGAAAUAAACAGCUACAAAUCUCACACAGUGUCCCUUUAAAAACGAAAGACCAUGAGAGGUAUACUGAGAGGCUGGUUCAGGAGUAAACCAGGUCUUAAGACAAUGAGGACUCCAGGCUCUUCUAUUACAUCAGGGGUGGGCAACCUUUUUAAUUCGAGGGGCCACUUCAUAUUCAUCCGAGGGCCGUAAAAGUCCUCCGAGGGCCGCACUAUGAACACAAACCAGGAUUUCCCCCUGCACUUUAGGCCUAUAUUGAAAGCAGCCACCUUUAAAACAGACCCCACCUUCUCUAGGUCCCCUGAAUAUAACUUGAUUGUAUUGCAAAUGUAUUUUCUAAGAUUCCAUUACAAAAUAUGUCAUAUUUCAUGUGAAGCUACAUAACAUUAGAAUUACAUCGGGGGCCGGAUAAAACGGCCUCAAGGGCCACAAACGGCCACAAACGGCCCUCGAGACAUAGGUUCCCCACCCCAUGCAGUCUUCUAGGUGUUAACCAAUGCCUCUUAAAACAACAAUGUAAAUAAAUUAAUUUUAAAGGACAAUAUGAAUACUAUUUUGUCAGUAUGGACCAUUGGACCAUGUGAAUAGUGGUGUGUCAGGAGGAGCGUGUUUUUCCUUCUCCAUAAACAGGCAGGACAGGAGGGCUAUAUCAAGAACCUGUUU